AUGACGUCGACGCUGAGCCAGCGUGAGCUUAACAUGCAGAUGCGGCUGCUCUCGCCUGGCGAACAAGGAAUCAUCGACCACGUGCUAGAGACGUUCGCAGCUCAGGUUGACGGGAAAUCAAUGCGCACACGAGACCUUUUCAACCUGAUGGAUAGCAACCGCGACAACGUUUUGACCCGGUCGGAGCUGAAAGAGGCACUGGUCAACCGCCAGCUAGUCCUCCGAGAUGAACAGCUGACACAUCUAUUGGCCUUCUUCGACGUUCAUGGUCACGGCUACGUUACUCUUGGCGACCUCCAUGAUUGCCUCAGGACAUUCCGCGCGGUGCGCCAUCGUACGAAGAUUCACGGGCAGUCGACCAGGUUGCCCCGACCCCAGCCGCGCCCGCCACCUGAUUCAACAGCAGUCACUCGAUUGCAGUCGGCGUUGCUGGCUCCCCUCACGCUCUUCUCGGCACAAGCGCCAGUCGAGGGGCAACGGAAGCAUCAGCGAUACACGAAAAACGCAAGCGAGAAGCGAAUUCUAGAGCAGGAGGCCGGAAUAAGCUUUCUAGACAUCACGGAUCCCGAGAUUAGUUCUCUCGCAGACUUUUUGAUGGAUGCGGAGAAGAAGGGAGGUCGUCCUCACGGGGGUCUGCCGUCAAAUCCGGUGGAUCAUAUACCGCCGACCGAUGCGCAUCAGCCAAACGCCCUGCGCCCGCUACCACUUGUCAUGGCCGCACUAGAAUCCGCCGCUUCGCGAGCACCCGGCUGCAUCAAUCAGGACGGGCAGCAGACGGGAGGUAUUCGCGGCCCUGGGGCAGCAGCCGUCCAAUGCUCGGCCGCAAGAGUCUUGUGGAUCUUGAGGGGCCUUCAGAGGGUAUGGCGGCAAGAAGACCGUCAUCGCAAGGCAAAAACGCUCAUCCAGGAAUCGGCCGACGAGUUCACCGACGAGAAGCUGAGCGCCGCCGUGGGGUUGUUUGACGUCGAUAGCCAGGGACACAUAGACCUCGAAGACGUGAUGACCGUCUUUCGGAAAGCGCGGGUCGACAAGUUUGUCCGGGGGCGACUACCAGCCGCAGCUAUCCCGUCACUUGUUGCGAUUGGGCGUCACCUCGAAAGUCGCAAAAUAUCGGCUCACGAUUUCGUUCAGGACGCAGCUGCGUCGACCAUCGUAGAUCCCUCGGAGCCCUGCGGGCAUAAAAGAGACCUGAAGCCAACUCCCAAGCGAAAACGCGCCGCGAAGCGAGACAACACCCAGACAGCUACGACGGCGCAGCUUGGAGCGCUAUUGUUCUCGGAGCUGCAGCUGGAUGCGGAGCAGAGAAACCUCGUUCUGGAGUGCAUCGAAGAGGAUGGGCUCGUCUCUGGCGCCAACCUAGCUGGAGGUGUGCGCCGGGCCAGAGGAGAGCUUGCUCAUCGGAAGCUUGAGAGGCUGGAACAACAGCAGAGUAUGGUUGAUGAUGGUCGAUGUCGGAGUAGUGAAACGGGCAGCCAAGUGUCAGAAGUUACUGGGAGUGCAUGUAGCAUCAUCUCUCCGCCAAGGUUCCGUCGGCAGGCUGGAGUAGCACCUACAGCGGAGGAAGGAAUGUUGGCGCCGCUUCAACACAAGCACCAGCGAGACGGUUUUAACCAAAGCGAUGCGUCCUUGAUCCUCGAACUCUUCGUCAAGGAAGGAGGGGGGCUAAGGAAUCUUACCGGCAAGAGCGCGGCGAGGCUUUGGCGCGGUCUUAAGCGACGAGGACGUGGCGUGCACGCCCAUGAAAACGGCCGCUCGGCAGCUAGGCGCCUCCUGCAGCUCCUUGGGUCCCGGGACAUCAAACCACUCCAAUGGUUUGCCACCCUUGACCCUACGGCUGAAAGCUCUGCCCCAAGCGAUGAAGGUAGCUUCAUGGAGCGUCGUGUUGCGAUGUCGUCCAUCGUUCAAGGUGUGCAAGCUUUGGACGGGACGACCCGAACGGGCCCACCCGGGGAGGCGAACACAGUCCACACGGCAUCCGACGACGAAGGUGCCACCGAUUCACUGGAAGGGACUCUCAGCAGCAACGACGGCAGUUACAGCAGCACCGGGCAGACCGCCGGAAAGAACGACAAGGCUCAGAGGUGGACCAAGGCGCAGUUGUCCGACUUGGUCCGUCACCUAGACCCCUGCGGAGAAGGCAGCAUAACGCAGGAAGUCUUUCAGGAGGGGUUGUGCGUCUGCCGCGGAGAUCGAGGAGCUUAUCCUGACGCCGCUCACCUCGCGGCAGCGCGCCGCCUCGAGGACGCGUUGCGGGAUGAUGGCUGCAGAGACGUUUGUGGAAUGUUCCACUCAUUGGCGGGUGAAGGGAGGGGUGGUGGGGACCUCGUUGGGACUAUUCAGAAGCUAGACGAGCUGAUGAGCUUGCAAGGAAGACGUCUCGUCGUCGAGUUUCAUCAAGCGGACACCAACCGUUCGGGAGGGGUGGAUCCCACGGAGCUCAAGAAGGUGAUGAAAAACCUGGUUCAGCCUUGUUCAUUGCUGCGCUUCGAGCGCAAACGGCGGCGGGAACGGCAACAGGCGGCGGCGGUGACCUCUCAAAAUGCGGAGCGUUGGAAGAAGGGUUUCAUGGAAAAAAUGGAGGCACUGGACAAGUCCAAGGCUUCCAACUUUCUCGAUAUCAUUUCCACCGCACUCCGCAACAGAAGAUGGCAAAUCAGAGACGUUUUCAGGGACGUCGACAAAGGAAAAUCAGGGGCUUUGGGCGUGGACGACCUGCUGGAGAACACGCACCUUGCCCUCGGCCUGAAGCUGGACAGGGGCGAGGCGGCGGCGCUGGUCUCGAUGCUGGACACCAACGGUGACAAGUCCAUUCAGUGCGAAGAGCUCGAAGUGCGGAUGCAAAGAACGAGGGUCCUUAGCACCGUCGAAAGCAGUGGCAAGGUCUACUUAGCUGACCACCCUCUUGAUCGCUUCCCGUCUUGCUCGACUCUCUCUUCGCCGCCUCUUCGGCCAACAAUACAACAACAGCUCGCCCUCCGCCUGUACCGAAGGUACGGGUGGGAGAGGCACCGGUGGUCGAGAAGGAAACCCUUCCACGAAGAAUUCCCCUCUCUUUCGUGCCUGUUCCGACGGACUACCCGGGCAGAGGGGGACGGGGCGGGCCUGCAACAGCAACAACGAAAUCCGGCCCUUCCCCGUGACACCAAGGUCAACCGCGGGGAUAUCGUGACCGCGCUCGUGCGUCUCCGUGGGGGUUCGAGCGGGGACGCGGUGGGUGGGAACCGCGGCAGGGGGCAGCUCCUGCCGGCAUACGGCCCGAACAUCCAGCGGCGGCGAGUGCUGCUGAAGGCCGUCCGGAAGGUCGCAAACUGCUGCCAGACAGCCGGCGUGAGGACCGCCCCGGCGCUGCUGGCGACUCUGGCCCACUUCGACUUCGGCCCCGUUGACGAGGCCAGGCGCAAGGCGGGCCGCAUGCGCGCGGUCGACCUGUGGCAUUGGCUUCGACUGCUGAGCGCGCCAACAGAUGACCCGGGCGGCAGCUUCAUGGGGGGGAGCUUCAACGACAACGCUAACCGCACCAAAGGCGUUCAUGGGCAGCGACGAAAGAAAGAUGUUUUAUGUGGUCGAAACAAGAGCAUCUAUGGGUUUGGGGACUGCGGUGGUGGCCGCGGCGGCGCCCACAAGACCGUCGACGAGAUGGUGAGUGGGCGCUUGCUCGACGCCGAGGAGACAGCGCUACUGCUAGACGCCUUGGAACUCCGAACGCGUGUCCAAGAAGCCCGAGACGCGCCCGCUACAGGAGCAACGGAGGACGGCCCUCUCGUGUCCGUUCCCGCGUUCUGGGACCUUCUCGUGGAACAUGUCCCGGGCUUGUGGGACAGGGAACUGCAAGAAAGGCUGGAGGCCGAAGAAGUACGCCUGGAUCGCAUCAAGUCGCACAAGGCCGCGACGCGCAUUCAGGCGAUGGAGAGAGGCCGCAUCGCCAGGCACCACGCCGCCGCCGAGAGGGCAGCGAGGACGGCCGCCGCGGCAAAAGCGCAGGCGGAAGCGCAAGCAAAGGCGGAGCUAGAGGAGUCCGCCCGACGCCUCGCGGCCGCCACGGAGGAAAGGAACGCCGCCCGGGCCGCCGUCAAGAUACAGUGCGCUACCCGUCAACGGCACGCGCGCGAAGAAGUGUCGCGACGGCGCCGCCGACAGCAGGAGGAGGCGGCCAGACUAGCAGCAGCGGUCAAGAUCCAAAGCAUCGCGAGAGGGCGACAAGCGAGGGCGGCGGCGGAGGAAGCGCUCAGCCGACGGCGAGAGGAGGCCGCCAGACUAGCAGCGGCGGUCAAAAUCCAAAGCGUCGCGAGAGGGCGACAAGCGAGGACAGUGGCGGAGGAAGCGCUCAGCCGACGGCGAGAGGAGGCCGCCAGACUAGCAGCGGCGGUCAAAAUCCAAAGCGUCGCGAGAGGGCGACAAGCGAGGACAGUGGCGGAGGAAGCGCUCAGCCGACGGCGAGAGGAGGCCGCCAGACUAGCAGCGGCGGUCAAGAUCCAAAGCGUCGCGAGAGGGCGACAAGCGAGGACGGCGGCGCAGGAAGAGCUCAGCCGACGGCAAGAGGAGGCAGCCAGGCUAGCGGCAGCGAUCAAGAUCCAGAGUAACGCCAGAGGGCGACUGACGAGGGAGACAGCCAAGGAAGCCUUUCGCCGGCAGCAAAAGGAAGAGGCCAGGCUUACAGCGGUGGUGAAGAUUCAGAGCGUCGUGAGAGGGUGGCUGGCGAGGGAAUCGGCCAAAGAGGCGGCCGAAAUCGCGGCAUUGGACGCAGCCAUCACGGCUCGGCAGGCGAAGAUGGCAGAGGAGGUGCGACCAGGCGCGGCGGGGGCCGAUCAAGGACGGGGGGGGUGGAGGAAAAAGAGCGUGGUGGGCGCACGUUGUGUGCAAGGCUUGGCGGGCCUCCAGGUUCAGGUCCCACCAAAUGACAACGCCGUCUAAUAUAUCGUGGCGUGAAGGGUUCGAUGUCGUGGGCGUUUCGGUGCAAUUGAUAGGUGGAUGUUCGUUUUCGUAUGUCCGUGCCGUGACGACGAGCAAAGGCCACGACAAAAAAAACAGAAAAACACAUAGGACCACAGCAGUAGUCUAGGAUUAUCCGCGAUACGACGUCGGGCUUGAUAUGUCGAUUAGGUUUUGCGUGGAAAGUUGCCAUGUCG